AUGAACAACAAACGUUUGAUUGAGGCUGUGAGGAAGUAUCCAGCAUUAUAUGAAAUGAGCGAUAGGAAAUAUAUAAACUCCAAUUAUAAGUCUUCAUUAUGGGUCAAAAUAGGCGAAGAAAUCAAAGAAACUGAUGCGAAUUGCAAAAAAAGAUGGUCAAAUAUUAGAGAUCAAUUCAAAAGAACACUAAACAAAAAAGAAACAAUAAGUAGGCAAAGUUCUACCGCUAUAAAGAAAUAUAAGAAUAAGGAGAUCCUACAAUUUUUGCUAACCUACAUUCAAAAUCGUAAAACGAUAUAUAAUAUCGAAGACGACGAUACAGACACAAAUAAAUUGGUGAAACAACAAGAGCAAGAGUCACAAGAGAUGGGGACAGACAAUAAUCAAUGCACGAAAGAGAUAAGAAACGAAGGAGACACAGACACCCAACGAGCUAGGGUUACAGGAGACAGGGUCACAGAAAUACAAAGUAACGAUGAAUCUACUACACAACAGAGUGGUAAAAGUAGUAAUUGUAGCAGUGGUAAAGUCAGUAAAAGUCAUACAGUGCCACACAAACAGUCCUCAUCUGAAACUUUAAUGAAGUACAUUAUUGAAAAUAACGCAAAGAAGCAAAAUGAAUAUAAUAAAUCACACCCAAACAAAUAG